AUGUUUGCUCGUCAAACUUUAGAAUCAUCAGAUCUUAUUGGUAUUCUAUUCGUAAUGAAAAUUGAUCCGUCUAUUACACCAACACCAUUUGCUAACAUCAGAGAUGCGAGUUGUUACAAACGAGAAGAAAAAACUAUCUUUUCCAUGCAUUCCAUUUUUCGUAUUGGACCAAUAGAACAGAUCGGUGGAAAUAAUUGUCUUUGGCAAGUCGAUUUAACAUUGACUAGUGAAAAUGAUUCGGAUCUUCAUGCACUCACAAAACACAUGCGACAAAAUACCUAUUCUGACAAGGAGGGAUGGGAUGGCUUGGGUAUGUUGCUAAUUAAACUUGGGCGAAUCGACAAUGUCCAAGAGGUAUAUGAUGUUCUAAUUGAUUAA